CCCCGGAAGGACUCCGCCUUCCCUCCGUCUGGCUGCUGCUCAGCCCCAGGCUGCAGCUGGGAAGCAGGCGUGGGCAGGCCGGCUGUACCUGGCCUGGAGCUCCAGAUUAGAAGAGGAGCCAUGUCAGAAGAAACAGUAAGUGAAUCACAGUUUUCAUUGAGGACAGCCGCCCUAAGAGUGUUUGAUCUUCCUCUGACUUGGUACUAUUCUCUCUCCCAGAUCAAAUUUUCUCCAGUGGCUAAAAAGUUGUUUGUGGUAACUGCAGUGAGUGCUAUAUCUGUAAUUUUUCUGGCCCAUCACUUUAAAAGAAAACGUGGAAAGAAGAAAGGAAAAAUAUUACCAUGGGAACCAGAGCACCUUAUACUUGAGUACACUAAAAGAGCAGCAUCAGACAAAGGUUCAAGUUGUUCCAGUAGCAGACAGAAUUUGACAUUAUCUUUAAGUUCUACCAAAGACAAAGGAUCUCAAGCUUGUAACUAUGCUAAUGGAGGACUUUUCAGUAAAUAUUCGGGUUCUGCACAGAGUUUGGCCUCCGUCCAGAGUGUCAAUUCUUGUCAUAGCUGUGCCUGUGGCAAUUCUAAUUCCUGGGACAAAGCAGAUGAAGAUGAUAUUAAACUUGUUAAUAUUCCUGUGACUACUCCAGAGAACUUAUACUUAAUGGGUAUGGAAUUGUUUGAAGAGGCAUUGCGUCGAUGGGAACAAGCUCUAACCUUUCGCAAUAGACAGGCUGAAGAUGAAGCCUGUGGUUCCAUUAAACUGGGUGCAGGAGAUGCCAUUGCUGAAGAAAAUGUAGAUGAUAUUAUUAGUACUGAAUUUAUCCAUAAACUCGAAGCUCUACUGCAAAGAGCCUAUCGUCUCCAAGAGGAGUUCGAAGCUACCCUUGGGGCAUCUGAUCCUAAUUCCCUUGCUGAUGAUAUUGAUAAAGAUACAGAUAUCACCAUGAAGGGUAAUGUGGAUGACUUUGGCCUGCGAGACACCUUGAGCGUCGCAUCCACGGAUUCCUUUGCUUCAGCAGCAGAGCUUGCAGAACACAGAGAAGUACGGCAUACCUACAGCCUGGAGUCCCUUUGUCACUGCCCAUUUUACGAGGAAGCCAUGCAUUUAGUUGAAGAAGGAAAAAUUUACUCCAGAGUACUGAGAACUGAAAUGUUGGAGUGCCUAGGAGACAGUGAUUUUCUUGCCAAACUUCACUGUAUUCGACAGGCUUUUCAGGUAAUUCUUUCAGAGUCAGCCAACAGGAUAUUCCUCGCUGAGAGUGGAAGGAAAAUUUUAUCAGCUUUAAUUGUGAAAGCACGUAAGAAUCCAAAGAAGUUUGAAGAUGUUUUUGAUGAAAUGAUCUAUUUUUUAGAGCAGACCGAUCACUGGGGUAGUACUGAAAUGGAACUUGCUGCUAGAGGGGUGAAAAAUCUAAAUUUUUAUGAUGUUGUUCUGGAUUUUAUAUUAAUGGAUUCCUUUGAAGAUUUGGAAAACCCACCCACAUCCAUACAGAAUGUAGUAAAUAAUCGAUGGCUAAACUCAUCCUUCAAAGAAACAGCUGUGGCUUCAAGUUGUUGGUCGGUGCUGAAACAGAAAAGACAACAGAUGAAGAUCCCAGAUGGAUUUUUUGCCCAUUUUUAUGCCAUUUGUGAACACAUCAGUCCUGUCCUAGCCUGGGGCUUUUUGGGUCCUAGAAAUUCUCUCUAUGAUUUAUGUUGCUUUUUUAAGAAUCAAGUUCUUUUAUUUCUCAAAGACAUUUUUGACUUUGAGAAGGUGCGCUAUUCAAGUACAGAGACUUUAGCUGAAGACCUCAUGCAGUUACUCAUUCGCCGCACUGAGCUUUUAAUGGCCUAUCUUGAAGCAGAUGCCCUGAGGCAUACGAGUAGUUGUCUAAGUAGUCAUGGUCAUGUUAUGUCCACUGGGCUACUGGAAGCCAAAGUACAAUAAGUACCAUGAGCAUCAUGCAAUUUGAGUGUGCUAUGAAAUAUUUUAAGGUAACUAUUGAUUUUGUAACAUAUAUUACAGAAUCAACAGAAUUGGUGCAUGUGGAUUCAGGAGGAAAAAAAAUCUAGUAAAAAAUGAGCAACUGUACUGUAUUUAUACAGAAGUUCUGUCAUUGAAUUCCUGUGUAGUGUAGUCAUAGUGGCUUUUUGCACUUAUUAGGUAAUAAUCAAAGUUGUGAAAUGUAUCUUUUACAGAAAUAUUGCUUGAAUUGAAGCCAAUAUUUGGGAGUUAAUUGGUUUGUCUUCUUGAAGGUGUCAUUCUCAAAAGCUCUGUUUUUGUGUUUUGCACCUUUAAAAUGUACACUUUAGCCAAGAUCUUUGUGGCCCACACAUGAAAGAAUAUAUUACUCCUAGUGUCAGUAUAUUUAACUUUGCCUAGAAACAUAUUUUUAAUUAUAAAGUUAUUUGUUUAAUCAAGUUUAGGCAGUAACGAUGUUUAACAUGUACUGCAUACAUUAUUGCUUGUGCAUUUGCUUAUGUAUUUGAAUCAAAGAAAUUGUAAUCACUGAAUAUUGUUAUAGACUAUUUAAAUGGGCCACUUGUAGUGGCUCAUGCCUGUAAUACUUCGGGAGGCUGAGGCAGGAGGGUAGUUUGAGGCUAGAAGGUUGAGACUAGCCUGGACAACAUGAGGAGACGCCUGUCUCUACAAAAAAAUAAAAAUAAAUUAGCUGGUAUCAAGCAGAGUUCCAUGGAAAUAUUAAAAUUUAAAAGUAAAAAUAAAAAUAGGCCGGGCUUGGUGGUUCAUGCCUGUAAUCCUAGCACUUUGGGAGGCCAAGGUGGGCGGAUCACCUGAGGUCAGAUGUUCGAGACCAGCCUCACCAAUAUGGUGAAACCCCGUCUUUACUAAAAAUACAAAAAUUAGCCAGGUGUGGUAGCGGGCGCCUGUAGUCCCAGCUACUAGGGAGGCUGAGACAGGAGUAUUGCUUGAACCCAGGAAGUGGAGGUUGCAGUGAGCCGAGAUCGCACUACUGCACUCCAGCCUGGGCAACAAAGUAAGACUCCAUCUCAAAAAAUAAAUAAUUUAAUUAAAUUAGUUGGGUGUGGUGGCAUGUGUCUGUGGUCCCAGCUACUUGGGAGACUGAGGUGGGAGGAUCACUUGAGUCCAGAAGGUCAAGGCUGUCAUGAGCCGUGAUUGCACCACUGCACGUCACCCUGGGUGACAGCAAGACCCUAUCUCAAAAGUGAAUAAAUAAAACAAAUAAAACAUUUAAAUGAAUUGACACUGAGAAAUUCACAAUUUAUAAAUUUAUAUUAACUGUAGUUUCCAAAAUAUGUUACUGUUGGUCCUGUAAGUUACAAAGAGACUGAAGAACUUUCUUUUUAUACAUUAGAGCAUUUUUCCCUGGAAUGAAUAUUGAUUAAAAAGAUAACAUUUAUUAAUUAAUAAAGGCAAUUUAAAAUUUAGUGUUAUUUGAAGACUGUCAACAUCUGAAGGUAUGAAACUUGGUACAGUAAAAUAAUUUCUCCUUUCUUCUACAAAACUUCCUUUUAGUUAUUCCCACAGAAAACUCAGCCCAGUGGGAAUUUGUCAUAUUAUGUCCAUGUUUUUAAAAUAUUCAUAUUUUGAAUCUUACUGACGUUUUAAAGAAGGGUUUUUUCCCUGCCUUGAAUGUAAAGCAAAACUAUUUUUAAUCAUGUGGAAGUAUAUAUUUCAUGUUCAUUAUGAUAAAUCUACAAACAAAUGAAUUGUUUUUAUGGGUGGGGUUCUUCUAUAAGAGUAUAUUAAAUGCUGUCAGAGUUGUAUUAAUUUUGUUUCUAAAUAAUAUACCACUUAUUUGGAGUGGCUAACUCAGUAUGUAAGUAGAUUAGAUUUAUUGAUUUUGCCCCUAAAACGGGCUUUAUUCAUUUUAGGAGUGAGUUGCACAAAAGGACCUAAAAUGCUCUGGUUUUUUUCUUCUUUUAAGAGACGGGGUCUUGCUCUAUUGACCAGGCUGGAGUGCAGUGUGCUAUCAUACAUAGCUCACUGCAGUCUCCAACUCCUCAUACUAGAUGCAUGUGCCACCAUGUCUUACUCCUAAAACGCAUUUUUAAAAAGCGAAUUUUUAGAUGAAAGUGCCUAGUUUCUGAUUAAUAAAUAGAAGAUGAAAAGUCGGGGGAAAAAGCAUAAUCUUUUAAGAUUUGUAAAUUUGUGUAUGUGCCACAUUUAUGUAAAUUAACUACAAAAUAUGGAAUUCAGGAUCAUGCUGUUUUGCAUGUACUUUCUAGGUUAUAUAGCAUGAAACAUACAAAUUACCACUGUUCUUUAGUAUAUAGCUCCUUGACUUUUCUUACAUAGAUGCUUAAUUUAACAAUUACCUAUUUAUAAUUCUUAUUAUUGAUGGGAAUAUGAUUAGAAGUACCAAAACUAAAAAUUCCAUUAUAUACUGUUUACUUUUUAUUUAAUAUUACAUGUUUUUACCUUGUUGUGGUAUCUUUGGUCUUGAAUGAUACACACACAUAUGUGUGCGUGCACAUGCAUUUCAUUACCAUGUAGACAAGACGGUUAUUGCUUAUAUUAACUUACCCAUUUGAGGGAUAAGUGUUUUAAGUUGUGGUUUUAUAAGCAAAGCUGUAAGUAAAUGUAAUUUAUUUUAGAAAGAUAUUAUUUGACAGCAGUUUUGAAGAAUUGCACUAUUUGAUAAUGCUGCUACUACAUGAGAUAACUCUGGGGAAUUAAUUUUAUGAGAUAAGACGAAUGGCUUUCUAGAAGGUGUUGCUUUUUAUUUUGUUUUUUUUUUCUUUUUUACAUUUCAUCUAAGAAAAAGUUGCUUAUAUUCAGCAGGAUGGUUUGUCAAAUUCAGUGUUUGAGUUUGUUUCUGGUCAGUUCAGUAGCUGCUACUUUAGCAAGAUGUGGCCUUUCACAAAAGAGGUAAGAGUGACCAAAUAGAAUUUU